GGUUGACCUCACACCACCCACCACCAUUGUUCUGUUUCUUUCUAUUUGUUUUUUCCCAAAAACAGAACAAAACAAACAUAGGGUAACUUGAAUGCAACUUUGAUCAAAAGGGUCCCUUAGAUCUUGUUUUAGCUCACUGUUGCAUCUCCACCUUUUCUCCUACGUCACUUUGCUUUGUUUGAUGCUUUUGCAUUAUCAUGGAACGCCAGUAAACGAGCAACGAGUUUUGCUGGUGAAGAAACGUGCAUUUGUAGGAGGGAGAUGAUUGAUGGAGUCCAGUGAGCAUGAGAGCGGGUCAGUUCGAGAGGUCCAUGCAAAUGGAAGCCGCAUGAUUGCAUCAGAAGUUGAGGCCAAGCUUGAUCAAGGAAAUAUUCAAGAGGCAGAAGAUGCAUUGCGAGACGGGUUGUCACUCAAUUUUGAGGAAGCAAGAGCUCUUCUUGGAAAGUUGGAGUAUCAGAGAGGUAAUGUAGAAGGUGCGCUUCGUGUGUUUGAUGGGAUUGAUCUCCAAGCUGCCAUUCAGCGAUUGCAACCAUCCUUUUCUGAAAAAUUGCCAGUCAAGAAAGGUCGCACUCACACUGAAUCACCUUUGUCAGCCUCUCAGCAUGCUGCUAGUUUGGUGCUUGAAGCCAUCUACUUAAAAGCAAAGUCUCUACAAAAACUGGGGAAAUUUACUGAGGCUGCUAAUGAUUGUAAACGUAUUCUUGAUGCUGUUGAGAAGAUAGUCUAUCAGGGUAUACCUGUUAUUCAAGUGGAUAAUAAAUUGCAAGAGAUAGUCAGCCAUGCAGUAGAGCUCCUUCCAGGGCUCUGGAAACUAGCUGGUUGUUAUGACGAGGCAAUCUAUGCUUAUAGGCGUGCUCUCCUUAGUCAAUGGAACCUUGAUAAUGAUUGUUGUGCAAGAAUUCAGAAAUCAUUUGUUGUUUUUUUGCUGUACAGUGGGGUGGAAGCAAGUCCACCUAGUUUAGCAGUUCAGAUUGAUGGAUCAUAUGUACCCAAAAAUAAUCUUGAAGAGGCCAUUCUGAUAUUGAUGAUCCUUUUGAAAAAGUUUUGCCUUGGUAAGAUGCAAUGGGAUCCUUCUGUCCUGGAGCAUCUGACUUUUGCUCUUUCUAUAUGCAGCCAAACUUCUAUUUUAGCAAAGCAACUUGAAGACUUGAUGCCUGGAGUAUACCAUCGGGUUGAUCGCUGGAAUUCUUUAGCCUUAUGUCAUAGUGGAGCUGAACAAAAUGACAGUGCUUUGAAUCUGCUAAGGAAGUCUUUGCACAAACAUGAACGACCAAAUGACCUUACAUCACUAUUGUUAGCUGCCAGGAUCUGCAGUGAGGAUCCCCAUCUUGCUGCUGAGGGAGUGAGCCAUGCGCAGAGGGCAAUCCGAAAUGCACAUGGCCCAAAGGAGCAUUUGAAAGGUGUUGCUCUUCGGAUCUUGGGACUUUGUCUGCGAAAGCAAGCUAAGAUUGCUUCCUCUGACUUCGAAAGGUCUCACCUUCAGUCCAAAGCACUGGAGUCAUUGGAGGAGGCAAUUAGAUUGGAACCAAACAAUGCUGAUUUGAUUUUUGAGUUGGCUGUUCAGUAUGCAGAGAACCGGAAUUUGACUGCUGCUUUGCGAUAUGCGAGGCAUUUCUUUAAUGUAACAGGUGGUUCUGUAUUGAAAGCUUGGAGAUUGCUUGCUCUAAUUUUGUCUGCACAACAAAGAUUUUCAGAAGCUGAAGUGGUGACAGAUACAGCUUUAGAUCAGACUGCAAGAUGGGAGCAGGGGCCAUUGCUUAGGCUCAAAGUAAAGCUGAAGGUCUCCCAAUCACAACCAAUGGAUGCUACUGAAACUUACCGGUACCUUCUUGCAUUGGUUCAAGCCCAAAGGCGAUCCUAUGGGUCUCUCCGAAUUAGUUCAAAGGUUGAGGAUGAUAAAGUAAAUGAAUUUGAUAUUUGGCAUGGUCUGGCAAAUUUAUAUGCCAGUCUUUGUCAUUGGAAGGAUGCUGAAAUCUGUUUGCAAAAGGCCAGGGAGUUGAAGGAAUACUCUGCAGCAUUGAUGCACACUGAAGGUGUUUUGUUUGAAGGACGUGGGCAAAAUAAGGAAGCUCUUCAUGCUACCAUUAAUGCUGUACUGCUUGACCCAAACUAUGUUCCAUGCAAGAUCUCGAUGGGUGCUUUAAUUCAAAGAAUGGGUUCAAAGGAUUUGGCUACUGCAAAAAGCUUACUGUCUGAUGCACUCAGAAUAGAACCGACAAACCGCAUGGCUUGGUAUUACUUGGGAUUGGUUCACAAGCAUGAUGGCCGAAUAAGUGAUGCCGCUGACUGCUUUCAAGCAGCGUCCAUGCUUGAAGAAUCUGAUCCCAUCGAAAGUUUCAGCUCUGUACUUUGACAGGAUUCAAUACUCUGCUGCCAGCAGUGAGGUUUAUACCAUUAUGUUUUCAGUUUAUACAUCUUCUGGGUUCAAUGGGACACAUUAGAAACAGUUUUAGGAAAUGUAUUUUUUUUAUUAUUAUUAUUAUUUUUGAGUUCUUCUAAUCACAAACUAGGCCCAAAGAAAAGGAACUGAAAACAUUAUUUAGUAAAUAAGAUAUUUUUAUAAAAGGGAUUGAUGUUAACCUGGUUGUGGGAUGGAUAAAUUGUAAAGAACAUGGACUGGCAGAGAUUUUAACGUGGUUCAAUUGCUGCUCCACCUUGUAAAUUAAGUGGCCUAGUUGAGCAGUAUCAUUGUAAAGAGAGUAGAGAUUCAGUUUUUCUUCUUCUAUGUGCUUUAGUUAGUUGGAUAGUUCUACAUUGCAUAAAGGAAACUGUUAGGAGUCACUUGAAUUCAAAUGCAGCCGCUUGUGCUGUGAUGUAGAAUUCUGUAAUUUUCUUGGACUUCGUUGUUUCAUGAGUAUGUGUAAGUAAGCGCAAGAUAUUUUUCCGCUUUAAAAUGGACAUUUAUACCCAUUU